AUGAAUUCGCAUCAAACGACGGCGAUCUUCGUAUUGGUCUGUGGCGGAGUAGGUCGUACCGUUUGGGCAAACAUCGUCGACGGAGGCUACUACGGUCCUCAUCACCAUCAAAUCGGUGGAGGUUACUUGUACGGCACCGGAUCUUAUCACCGAGGACCUCAACAUUAUCGGAAUAUCGGCCUGAUCGGUAAUGGCAUCGGCAACACUCGUCUGCCCCAUAUGCCCGCCUUGGCUUCAAUCGCAACGACCGCCGCCGUGGCGAUGCCCCGAAACAAUUAUAUUAACCGCGUUCUCCGCCCUUACCAAAACGUUAUGAUCCCGAUGUCUCCGUAUUUCUGGUCGUCACCGAGAUCUGGCCUGCAUCGUGGUAACGACUAUUACCGUGGUCUUGGUAGUGUAACUACCGUCGGGAAGAACCAACAGCAGCUGUUUGGCGGAUUGAUCCCGAAGAAAACGCGAAAGAUCGUCAUCGACAGGCCCGGCCGAUACGUCUCUCAGUCAUUUAUCCGCGGACCUAAUACUCAUUGCGGUAACUAUUGA